AAGCAUGGGAAGGGGACGUACGUUUGGGCGAACGGCUCAAAGUAUGAAGGAGAAUGGAGGAGGAAUGUGCCUCAUGGUCAAGGAUACUACGAGUGGCCUGACGGCGAGAAGUUUGAGGGCUCAUUCUCAUAUGGAAGGAGGAGCGGGGCAGGCAUGUACAAAUUUGCCAACGGGUCGAGUUUCGUUGGAACGUUCAAGGACGACAAGGCUGUGGGGAAAGGCAUCUGUACCUUGGCAGGAGGGAGGAGCUUCCAUGGCGACUAC